ACCAACUCCAGCUCUCACUUCCGGCUCUGCGUGUGAAAAAAAAAACCAAGUUGGACGAAAAUCUCAGAGAAGUUUUGUCUGCAGGACUUUCCACGACUGAAGCCGCACCGAAUUAAGAUAAACCCGCGUUACGUUUGUGUGGGAAUUGUUUAAGAAGCGGAACAUGUCGACGACUGCUUUGUACAACGACCAAGGCGGUGCGGAGGCUGCAGUGGAGGCUGGCCAGGAGAGCACCCCGGCGACCUCCUCCGCCACCGGGGCAGCCUUCGGCUUUUUCAGCGCUGACUUCAAAAAGAAUGAGGACCUCAAAGAAAUGCUGGAGAGCAACAAAGAGUCGCUGAAACUGGAAGCCAUGAAAAGGAUCGUCGGGCUGAUCGCCAAAGGAAAGAAUGCGUCCGAGCUGUUCCCCGCCGUGGUGAAGAACGUGGCGAGUAAGAACAUUGAGCUGAAGAAGCUGGUCUACGUGUACCUGGUGAGGUACGCCGAAGAGCAGCAGGACCUGGCUCUGCUCUCCAUCAGCACUUUCCAGCGAGCCCUCAAGGAACCGAACCAGCUCAUCCGGGCCAGCGCUUUGAGGGUCCUGUCCAGCAUCCGGGUGCCCAUCAUUGUCCCCAUCAUGAUGCUGGCCAUCAAGGAGGCGGCAGCGGACCUGUCCCCCUACGUGAGGAAGACGUCCGCCCACGCCAUCCAGAAGCUCUACAGCCUGGACCCCGACCAGAAGGAACAUCUGAUUGAAGUGAUAGAGAAACUGCUGAAGGACAAAAGCACUCUGGUGGCGGGCAGCGUGGUGAUGGCCUUCGAGGAGGUGUGCCCGGAUCGCAUCGACCUGAUCCACAAGAACUACCGCAAGCUGUGCAACCUGCUGGUGGACGUGGAGGAGUGGGGGCAGGUGGUCAUCAUCUCCAUGCUGACGCGCUACGCCAGGACGCAGUUCACCAGUCCCUGGAAGGAGGGGGCCGUGUUUGACGAAAACGACGUGAAGACCUUCUACGACUCGGACUCGGAGGAGAAACAGGACCGGACGGACGCCAAGCCUUACAUCAUGGACCCUGAUCACCGGCUGCUGCUCAGGAACACCAAACCUCUGCUGCAGAGCCGCAACACGGCGGUGGUGAUGUCCGUGGCUCAGCUCUACUGGCACCUGGCGCCCAAGCAGGAGGUCAACAUUGUCACCAAGUCGCUGGUGCGGCUGCUGAGGAGCCACAGAGAGGUGCAGUACGUGGUGCUGCAGAACAUCGCCACCAUGUCCAUUCAGAGGAAGGGGAUGUUUGAGCCCUUCAUGAAGAGCUUCUAUGUCAGAUCCACAGACACCACACACAUCAAAACACUGAAGUUGGAGAUUCUGACCAACUUAGCGAAUGAAGCCAACAUCUCCACCAUCCUGAGGGAGUUUCAGACUUACGUGAAGAGCCAGGACAAAGCCUUCGCGGCGGCCACCAUCCAAGCCAUCGGCCGGUGCGCCACCAACAUCUCGGAGGUGACGGACACCUGCCUCAACGGCCUGGUGCUGCUGCUGUCCAACAGAGACGAGGGCGUGGUGGCGGAGAGCGUGGUGGUGAUCCGCAAGCUGCUGCAGACCCAGCCCACCCAGCACAGCGAGAUCAUCAAGCACAUGGCCAAGCUCUUUGACAAAAUCACCGUGUCCAUGGCCCGGGCGAGCAUCCUGUGGCUGAUGGGCGAGUACUGCGAGCGGGUGUCCAAGAUCGCGCCCGACGUGCUGCGGAAAAUCGCCAAGACCUUCACGGUGGAGGAGGACAUCGUGAAGCUGCAGGCGGUCAACCUGGCCGCCAAGCUGUACCUGACCAACUCCAAGCAGACCAAACUGCUGACCCAGUACAUCCUCAACCUGGGCAAGUACGACCCCAGCUACGACAUCCGGGAUCGCACCCGCUUCAUACGGCAGCUGAUCGUGCCCGGCGACAAGAGCGGCGCCCUCAACAAGUACGCCCGGCGCAUCCUGCUGGCGCCCAAGCCCGCCCCGAUGCUGGAGUCGGCCUUCAAAGAUAGGGAUCGUUUCCAGUUGGGAACGCUGUCUCACAGCCUCAACAGUAAAGCUGCCGGCUACCAGGAGCUCUCCGAUUGGCCCGCGGUGGCGCCCGACCAGUCUGUGAGGAACGUGGAGGUCAUCGAGCCAGUGAAAGAGUGGGCUCCGCUGCUCGGGAAGUCCAAGACUACUAACUCGGAUGACAAGUUCUACUCGGAUGAGGAUGACGACAAAAAGGAGAAAGCGUCUGACAGCAGCGACGAUGACGGCAGCAGCAGUAGUACUAAUAGUAGUACUAGUAGUAGCAGUAGCAGUAGUAGUAGCGAAGAGUCCGGCAGCACCAGCGAGGAGGACGAAAGCGAGUCUGACAAGAGCUCCACUGAUUCCGGGAAGAGUUCCGGCGAAUCUAGCGACUCGGAAUCAGAACAGAAGAAGAAGACCAAGAAGAAAAAAACCAAUAAAGUGCAGGCGAAGAAACACAAACACAAUCACGGUGACAGCGGCUCGGAUAAAGACGGCGACCAAGCCAUGGCCGGAGCGAGCGGCUCGUCGGCCGAAAGCUCCACGUCCGAGAGCGACUCGGAAUCAGACUCUGCGGCGCAGCAGAAGCAGAAGAACAAUGUCAAGUCCAAACCCAAGGUGGAGAACAAGUCCAAGACUGAGGUGUCCUUGCUGGACCUGGAUGACUUUUCUCCUGCUCCCGCAAACGCACCAAAGUCCUCGGCGGUCUCUCUCAGCUUGCUGUCCGACCUGGAGGGUCUCUCUCUGACCGGUGUGUCCACCACCAUGCAGGCCCAGGUCACAACGCCGACGUUCGGGCCGGUGGAGACCCACGAGCUGCUUCACCACAUGACGGGGAAAGGCCUGUCGGCCAAGUACCACUUCCCCAGGCAGCCCUGCCUCUACCAGUCCAGCAUGGUGGCCGUGCAGCUCACGCUCACCAACUGCUCCGACCGCACCUUGGAGGAGAUCCACAUCGGGGAGCGGAGCCCGGCCAGCCUCAAGAUCCACUGUUUCAACCCCAUCGAGCGUUUGGAGCCAGGGGCCUCCGCGACAGUUUCCAUGGGCGUGGACUUCUGCGACUCCACGCAAGCGGCAAACUUCCAGCUGUGCACCAAAGAGGACCGCUUCAGUGUUUCCAUCCAGCCUGCAGUCGGGGAGCUGCUGAUGUCCUGCAGCCUGACAGAAGAGGACUUCUGCAGGGAGCAGAGUAAACUCCUGGGCAUGAACGAGACCUCGGCGACCAUCGCCACGCCGACCUCGGACGUCACCGAGCGGGUGCUGUCGGCGGCCAACGUGGGCGCGGUGGCGUCCUCCGAGCAGCGCCUCCACAGGUUCGCAGGUCGCACUGUGAGCAGCCAAGUCCUGGUUCUGGUCCAGCUGGAGCUGAAGGACUCGUCCGGCGGCCUGCUGACCGUCAGCACGGAGAAGAGCGUCAUGGCGUCCAUGUUGCUGCGAGACCUCCAACAAGCCCUGGCCCGGGCGUAGACAGAUAGGCGCUUUCUUUCUUCUCUUUUUACACACAAAAUUCCACAACAUGAUUAUGGUCUUUCACUGUCAACUGGAAAACAUUUCUCAAGCUAAGAGUCCAGUAUUAUUAUUAUUAUUAUUAUUAUUAUUAUUCCUUUGACCUUUCCCCAUAAAUAUCAAGGUAGCGCCACGUGCCUCAUGAAGGACUUCAGUGCUGAUUUUGCCCAAAACCCUUAAUGUGCCUUUCACACAAACACCUCAAAAAACUGCCUUAUUGUCAUCAUUCAUUAAAA